AUGGUUUCUGUUUCUCGUUUGCUUCGAGGCAUUGGUCUUGCAGCUUUUGCUGCUACGGCUUGUCGAGGUGCUGUUCUUGACAGUCGAUCGCUUGCUGAAAGAGCUUCCUCCAGUGAUCGUUUGGUGUUCGCCCACUUCAUGAUUGGGAUUGUUGGCAACAGACAAAGCUCUGCCGAUUAUGACGAUGAUAUGAAGCGCGCAAAGUCCGCUGGCAUUGACGCCUUUGCCCUCAAUAUCGGCACCGAUGAUUAUACGGACGCACAGCUCGGCUACGCGUAUGACUCUGCCAACAACAAUGGCAUGAAGGUUUUCAUCUCAUUCGACUUUCAUUUCUGGUCAGUAGGCGAUGCAGCCGCUGUCGGCCAGAAGGUCAAAAAGUAUGCCGACCACCCAGGUCAGCUGCGCAUCGACAACAAAGUUUUUGUGUCUAGUUUUGCAGGAGAUGGCCUCGAUGCAAAUGCUGUCAGAAGUGCUUCUGGCUCUAAUAUCUUCUUCGUCCCUAAUUUUACUCCCUGGGGAGGCUCUACAAACGGUAUCGACGGUGCUCUAAACUGGAUGGGCUGGCCAAACGAUGGCAAUAACAAGGCGCCCAAGGAUGGAAAGAGUGUCAGUGUCGCCGAUGGUGACACGAGUUACACGAACUGGCUUGGAAAUAAAAAGUACAUGGCUCCAAUCUCGCCCUGGUUCUUUACUCACUAUGGGCCUGAGGUCGACUGGUCCAAGAACUGGGUCUUCCCGAGCGGCUCACUCAUCUUCGACCGUUGGAACCAGGUUCUGCAAAAGGGCUUCCCUAUGGUUGAAAUCCUGACCUGGAACGACUACGGCGAGUCUCACUAUAUCGGACCCCUCAAAAACAAACACACCGACGACGGGGCAUCCAAAUGGUCCAACGAUAUGCCUCACAACGGUUGGCUCGACCUCUCCAAACCUUUCAUCGCUGCAUACAAGAACAAGGACACCAACGUGGCCAAGUAUAUUGAAAAGGACCAAAUCAUCUACUGGUAUCGCCGCAACCUGAAGAGUCUCAACUGCGAUGCCACUGAUACGACCUCUGGUAGAGCUCCACCCAAGCCUAACGAGAAUUAUUUCCAGGGUCGUCCCGACGGAUGGCAGUCUAUGGAAGACGCUGUAUACGUUGUGAGUCUGCUCAAGUCUGCUGGAACUGUCAUCAUCAAAUCAGGAAGCAACACGGUGACGAAAGAGGUCCCUGCUGGAGCGACCCUCAUCAAGGUCGACGCCAACCUUGGCAAGCAGACAUUCACUCUCAAGCGUGGCAGCACCAACGUCUUGUCUGAUACCUCUCUUAUGGACAUCACAGCUGUCUGUCCCUGCGGCUUGUACAACUUUAAUGCCUAUGUUGGUACUGUCGCCGCCGGCUUCUCUGACCCUCUCGACGGCAGUGGGCUCGCGUCUUUGACUGUUGGUCUGCACGUCACAACUUGUCAGCCUAAGCCUUCUCUCGGAACCAACCCUGCCUCUCCGACACAGCCAAAUGAUCCCCCCACAGUGACUAAUCCAGGGAACGGCAAUGCUUGUGUUGAAGGGGCUGUAGCGGACGGUCAAAGUGGUAACUAUCUUGGUCUCUGUCAGUUCACUUGUGGCUAUAAUUACUGUCCUCCAGAUCAGUGUAAGUGUAUCAGAUAUGGAACAGCUGUGUCGCCUCCAGCCUCGAAUGGUCGUGAGGGUUGCCCUGCCUCUGGUCUUGAUGAUAGUUAUAAGGGACUGUGCAGUUAUACUUGUAACCAUGGAUACUGUCCUGAUACAGCUUGCAGAUAUUGCUAA